AUGCUAAAGAAUAUAUAAUGCUUAAUGGAGACACGGACAUUGAGCCUGAAGAUAAAGAAAUAGAAAGACAACAAAAAAAAUUUCAAGAACAUGUUGAAAGAUUUAUUAAAAACUUUGGUAAAGAAGCCUCAGACUAUAUAGAGAAAAGCCUGAAGGAAUAUACAGAAACGCAUGAAGGGAAAAGGCCACCCAAGCAAUGGGAAAAGGAACAACGAUUUUCAUUUGUUGAAGAAAGAAUAGCAGUCCCUAUUGAAAGGUUUAAAGAAAAUUUUUUCAAAAGAUUUCAAUAUGAACCUCAAAAACAACAUUUAUUAAAGUAUACAGAUUAUGGAAUAAAACAUUUAUUUUAUGAAUCAUGGAAAGAGUAUCAUAUUAAGCUUUCUAACAAAAGCAAAAAGAAUGGGACUGAACAGGACAAUAAUGGAGUUAUCAAUCGAUAUGGAUAUCACGAGGAAAAUCCAUCCACACGUCCAAUAAAUCCAUUUAAACGAGCGCAAAAGAUUGGAAAUGAAAAAUAUAGACAACGGCAAAUAAGACAAGAAAAUGGUAAGAGUCCAGUUAAUCCAUUUAUACAAGCGCAGCCAAACGGACAGAAACAAGAAGAGAUGACAAUAGCAAAAGAGGAGGCAAAAUUAACAUCAGAUGAUACAAUUAAACAAAUAUCAAAGCGAACAUUUAAAGAUGAUAUUGAAGAACAAAUAUUUUCAGCACUUCAGGAAGCACCAGAUUUCGUGCAACGACAACAAGGAUUGAUACCACCACCAAAACCAAUAAUUAACAUUAUAGAUGAAGGAGAAAGUUGGCAAGAAAAAAUCAAAAAAACAGGUUAUGAUCCCAGAAAGGAUCCCAUUAUUACACCUUUUAUAGCUAAACUUGUAGAAGAAGGAAUCGAAAUUCCAGGCAUGAGAGGCAUAGAAAUUAUAGAUGAUUUUAUUUAG